UGAGCUCACAAUCUGCUAUUUAUCAAAUAUUGUAAAUUAUUCGAGUAUUGUUUAACGAAAGAUCGAAUCUCGAAGACCUUAUUAAAAAUGGAACAUUUCAUGCGAUAUUAUAAAGAUAUCGGAUACAUCUAUUCAAAUCGUCAAUCUUGAUCACUAAUAAAGUUGUCAGACCAGCAAAAUGUUGCCUGUUAAAAGAUUAAAACUCAUUAUUCACUGAUGUUCGAACAUCCUGUAGCCCUAAGGGUUCAGUGAUGGGGUUAAAUGUCGUUUCCUCUACAGUAGAUCACGCGUGAUAAGACCCGUGUCACUCAAAACGAGGCUCCCGCGCGCUGAAACUUCAUAACGAGGCGGGAAGAUGAAAAUGGCCGAUAAGCGUUGAUUAGCCAAUCACGCUUCCCGAAUUCGCAGUGAGGCACACGUUUUGACGUACGUAAUUAAAAUUUUAAGUAUUCUUAAUUGAAAUUAAGAAAACACUGAUUUCAAUCGACCAAUGGAUGGCGAAGAUGUAUGACUGAGCGAAGUGUGCUUCUCAUAUAUAUAUGUAAAACCUAAACAAAUAAAGUGUAUCGCAUCUGAAACAUUAAAUCACUAUAAUAAGUAUUUGAAGCGAAAUAUAUAAACUAAUGUGGUGUUAUUGCAUAAGUGAGUUUUUCCACGAGUGUUGUGCUAAACUGUUUUUACGAAAGUAACUUAUUAACUUGGAUAUUAACCGUGUAUCUGACGAAAUGUCUUUUAUGGCAUCACUUACGCAUGGAAUGCCUCCGCCUGUAUCGGUAAGAACCAUGUAGCAUUCUUUCUUUCAUAAAAAAUAUCCAAUCAUAAACACAUGUUAAACGCGAACAAUUUUAAUGGAAAUUAAUACUCUUUUGUGAAUAUUAUAAUUUCCUCCAUGUUUAUAUUAUAUGUUUAUCACCAUAUAUUGUAUACAAAAAUAAGACCUGUCUUCAAGUAAACGUAAAAACUAUUAAAGCAAAUUGAUAUUUCAUAUUGUCCAUCUUAAAACGAACGAUUAGAUAUAAGCUGGUAGAUUUGUUCCUUUUUUAUUUUAAUAUUUUUGUUUGAACUUGUAAAUAACAUGUAUCAAAAUGUUUUAAUAUAUGUUCUGUGUGAUUUGUUUCCUCUAGAUGGGGCCCGGAGCUGCCCAGACUGGUAGCCAGCACUAUAUGCCCCGGGUUCCGAGUCUACCAGAAAACGUGUACACCAGUCUGCAAUAUGCGAGCCAGAGGCCGGCAGACGACAACGCAAAUUUCUAUAACGCAUCCGCCCACAGUAAGCUGAAGGCAGCCUCCUCGCUGGGCUCGCACUACUUCGUGGACCACAUGAUGAACCCCCACCCCUACAGCUCGCUGUAUCCGGGCUUUGACAUCAAUGCCGUUCGUCGCAAGAACGCAACGCGGGAAAUUACGGGCCCGCUUAAGGCGUGGCUCAGCCAGCACAAAAAGAACCCGUAUCCAACCAAAGGUGAAAAGGUCAUGCUGGCAAUAGCGACGCGGAUGACAUUGACACAGGUGUCCACGUGGUUCGCCAACGCAAGGCGGCGCAUGAAGAAAGACAACUUGAGCGAUGACGAAGACGACUUAGGGACUUCCGGAGAUGAGAUCCGUCAGCGCAGCGGAAGUGUCUCCAGUCGCUCCCAGGCCAGUAGUGAGGCGGACGUCUCCCGCGAGUCCGACAUCUCGCGAGAACUGGACCACUCGGACACCGAGGAGCAGCAUGUGCUCGUCGCGCGCCCCGCCAAAAAGUGCGUGCAGCGUCUCUUCUCGCCGGACAUGCGCACUGGACCGGAAAUCGCCGAGCCCGCCAGCUCUCCGGAGAGCCUGCCGAAGAGCCCCGAAUACACGAACACCCGUCUUCCGUCCGUUUCCGAAAUGAUGAGCAGCAUACAGUUCCAAACUAAACCACUUCCGGUUUUAAGUACAGACAGAAAGUCGGACAUUUCUCACAAACCCAAAAUAUGGUCAAUUUCAGAAAUCAUAAACCCGGCCAGUAGAUCGACAAUUCAAGAAAGUACUGAUGCCUUACCCCAAGGGCCGAAUUCCCUUCCGCCCCAAGGCUUUGCGAACACGUAUUCCAUGUACCAUAACCACGGUUACCCAAGCAACGACAGUUCGUAUCUCUACCAGAACGCUUCCCACGCGGGUUACAUUUGUAGCACGGAUUAUACCGAGGCUCCUUCCGCUGUACAGUAUUUGUGAACACUGAUGAUAUGCAAAAUGGUCCGUAGACAUUCUUUAACGUUGAAUACAGGGUAAAUCGAAUAUUAUUUACCGCUCAGUGAAAUGGUGAAAAGCGCGACAUUAUGUGUAUGCACCUAUCGCACCAACAAUAGUGAACUGCCGCAAGUUAAUAUUUAUAUUUGCUUUUUAUUUCAUAAUAGUUAUUCAAGUUAAAGAAUAUGAAAGAAUUGAUAAUUGUAUAUUACAUAACUUGCAUAGUUUGUAUAAUUUAUUAUAUGCGAUAAAUGUAAGAAUAACCAUUAUAUUGUUAUUUAACAAUAAAAAACUAUAAAAUAUUGAAAAAAACUUAAUUGUUUGUUGCGUUCAUGUUAUAAGGUACUUUAAUAUUAUAAGUUACAUCAACGAAUUAUGCAAAUUCAUUUAUGUUUACAACU